AUGAUACCACAAGUAACACUUAAUCAUGGGUCCUGUAUACUAACUUUCCUCUCUUCUAAUCAGUUGUUGGAGAGACUCUGUGAAUACACAGAAGGUCUUCAGCGUGCAGAAAUCUUUAACUGGACUCCAGAGUGUGUUGUGAGCCAGAAAUCAUGUCCAAGGAUUCCCACGUAUGAAAGCCAUGUGUAUGGAGAAGUGGUUAUUGGCAAUUUAUCUCUAAAGGUUCCCCCUCAUCCUCAUCCAGGACAAAAACCAUAUGGCAUUCAGGAAUAUAGAAAGGACUUGUAUAAACCUAAGGAAUCUGGGGACACCUCCAGGUCUCCCACAACCUUUCAGAAGCAUAAACGAAUUCCCACGCAGGAGAAACCUGAAACUAGUCACUGUGAUGAAAACUUUAGGUGUCUCAUUUCCAGUCAAAAUGAUGAAAAACCCUCCACUGGAGAAAAACACUAUGAAUGUAAGCAAUGUGGGAAAGUAUUCACUUCUUCCAGUUCUUUCCGGAGGCAUGAAGAAUACCACAGCCGAGAAAAAUCGUAUGUUUGUAAGCAGUGUGGGAAAGCCUUCCCUUUUCCGAGUUCCCUACAGAUACACGAACGCAUCCACACCGGGGAGAAGCCCUAUACGUGUAAACAGUGUGGGAAGACCUUCGCCCGUUCGAGUUCCCUUCUGACACACGAAAGGAUUCACACUGGGGAAAAGCCCUAUGUGUGUAAGCAGUGCGGGAAAGCCUUCACCGACCGCAGUUCGCUUCGAUUUCACGAAAUGAUGCACAGCGGACAGAAACCCUAUAAGUGUACAAAAUGUGGCAAGGCCUUCGCUUCGUCGGGGGCCUUUCGAAAACAUGAACGAACUCACACGGGGGAGCAACUCUUCGUGUGUCUGCAGUGUGAGAAAGUGUUCAGCUGCGAGAGCGCUUUUCGGACACAUAAAAUCAUUCAUUCCGGAGAAUGUGUGUGCAAGCAGUGUGGUAAAGCCUUCACGAGUCACAGCUCUGUGAAAUACCAUGAGCUGAUGCACAGCGGGGAGAAGCCCUACGUGUGUAAGCAGUGUGGGAAAACCUUCCGGUCCCCUAAACAAGUUCAGAUUCAUAAACGAACGCACACGGGAGAGAAGCCUUACGUCUGUAAGGAGUGCGGGAAAGCCUUUACUUUCCUCGGUUCCCUUCAGUACCACGAAUUGAUCCAUACCGGAGAGAAACCCUAUCUAUGUAAACAGUGUGGGAAAGCCUUCAGGUCUUCGCGUCAGGUUCAGAUACACGAGCGAACUCACACCGGGGAGAAGCCGUACGUGUGCAAGCAGUGUGGGAAAGCCUUCUUUUCUCUGUAUCACUUAAGAAGACAUGAAGUGAUCCACAGUGGCACGAACCCCUAUGUUUGUAAGCAAUGCGGGAAAACCUUCAGUUGGUUCAGUACCUUUCACAGUCACAAACAGACCCACACCGGAGAAAAACCCUAUUUGUGCAAGCAAUGCGGGAAAGCCUUCUGUAGCCGCAUAUCAUGGCGAAGACACGAGAAAGCGCACACUACAGUGAAGCCUUACGCGUGUGUGCAGUGUGGGAAAGCCUUUCGCUCUCCUAGUUACCUCAAAAUACAUGAAAGAAUCCACACUGGAGAGAAACCUUUUAUAUGUUCUCAGUGUGGGAAGCCCUUUCGCUCUUUUCGUUACGUCAAAUCACACGAAAGAAGUCACACUGGAGAGAAGCCUUUUGUGUGUACCGAGUGUGGGAAAGCCUUCAGUUACUACAGUUCGUUCCACAGACACAGAAGAACUCACCAGACUGUAGCCUUGAAUACAGAACUUGAAAAGACUAAGUAA